UGCUCCUGUUUUUGAAAUCAAUUAUUCUUUGAAUCUGGAAUUGUUUCCGUGGACGGCGGGGGGAAACAAACCGAAACGAAGAAAAUCAAACUCUCUCUUUCUCUGUUUAUUUUCCGCUCAAUUUCUUUCCAAUACAAACCUCUACAUUGCUUGAUCUGUGAAGUAAAAGAAAAGAUGAGUGUGAUCGAUAUAUUGACAAGGGUAGAUGUGAUCUGCAAGAAGUACGACAGGUACGACGUCGAAAAGCAGCGAGAACAAAAUGUCUCCGGCGAUGAUGCUUUUGCCCGCGCAUACGCCUCCAUCGAAGCCGCCAUUGAGGCCGCUCUUGAGAAAGCGGAACUCUCUUCCAAGGAGAAAAGCAAGGCAUCUGCUGUUGCAGUGAAUGCUGAGAUUCGUCGAACCAAGGCUCGAUUGCUUGAGGAGGUCCCUAAGCUGCAGAGAUUGGCUGUUAAGAAGGUCAAAGGGAUUUCAACUGAAGAGAUGGCUGCCCGUAAUGAUCUGGUCCUUGCAUUGCCAGACAGGAUUCAAGCUAUACCUGAUGGAACUGCUGCCCCUAAACAAACUGGAGGCUGGAUGUCUUCAGCCCCUUCAGCUUCUCGUACUGCCAUUAAGUUUGAUUCAGAUGGACAAUUUGACGAUGAAUACUUUCAAGAAUCUGAACAGUCAAGUCAAUUCAGGCAGGAGUAUGAAAUGCGGAGAAUCAAGCAGGACCAAGGUUUGGAUAUGAUUUCAGAAGGUUUGGAUACUUUAAAGAACAUGGCUCAUGAUAUGAAUGAGGAAUUAGAUAGGCAAGUUCCUUUGAUGGAUGAAAUUGACACCAAGGUGGACAAGGCCGCUUCUGACCUUAAGAACACCAAUGUUAGACUCAAAGAUACUGUCACCCAGUUGAGGUCGAGCCGAAAUUUCUGUAUUGAUAUCAUAUUGUUGUGCAUAGUUCUGGGAAUUGCUGCCUAUUUAUACAAUGUUCUGAAGAAGUGAAGCGAUAAAGGAUUAAUCUGUGUUUCCCGUGUUUGUUGUCGUCUUUCAUUUGGUGGGUUUGUUUUCAUGCUUGAUCUUGUAUUUGAUUCGAUUCAUU